AUGAGUCGAGGAUUUUCGGGAGUUCGACGCGAUUCCCAGGCGCUCGCACGCCCCGCAAAUUAAAUUCCCAAGCUAAACGUGUCGGCGACGCGUGGCCCGGAACCGGGGCCAAGUGGAAGGCUAAGAGCUCUUUACGCCGCGUGACCCCCUGACCGGCAAGGACAGGUGGAACAACAGGUCACAGAAGGAUUGAUGUUAGGGCGAAAGUUCUCUGCCAGCUGCAUAGAUGUUACCCAAGUCGCCGGUCGCUGCCAGGACGCCACUCUAGUACCGAGGAACCGAGGAAGACUGCCAGCCGGCGGAGAGUAGACGCCGGCAAGGACCAGCCACGUAAUGAGCGGUGCCGCCGCUCGGCUGCUGCUGCGCCUGGAGCUGCCCGCGCCGGGAGUGAUGCCCCCGCCGCCGACCGACUACGACUGGGGGCCCAUCGGCGAGGAUGAGUUUCUGGCCAGUGCCACGGCCACAGCAACGGCCAGGAGCCACGAGGAUGCGGUGCGCUAUGAGAUGGCCGACAUACUGGGCAGCACGGUGCCCACCACGCUGUACGAGCAGGUGGUGCAGCAGUGGCUGCCGGCCCUGAACGGCAGCUACACGACGCACGGGCCCAACCACACGGACCUGCAGACGGACCUCCUCUAUCCGCACUACGACGACGCGGACUUCGACCUGGAGCCGAACUGGACGCGCACCUGCGAGGAGGUGUACAAUCCGCUGCUGGAGAACAACCGCAUCGAGUUCUGGGUGUGCGGCGUCCUGAUCAACAUCGUGGGCCUGCUGGGCAUCCUGGGCAAUGUCAUCUCGAUGAUCAUCCUGUCCCGUCCGCAGAUGCGCUCCAGCAUCAAUUACCUGCUGACGGGCCUGGCCCGCUGCGACACCGUGCUGAUCCUCACCUCCAUUCUGCUGUUCGGCAUUCCCUCGAUCUACCCGUAUACGGGGCACUUUUUCGGCUACUACAACAACGUGUAUCCGUUCAUCUCGCCGGUGGUCUUCCCCAUUGCCAUGAUCGCCCAGACGUCGAGCAUCUACAUGACCUUCACGGUGACCCUCGAGCGGUACGUGGCCGUCUGCCAUCCGCUGCGGGCCCGCGCCCUGUGCACCUACGGCCGGGCCAAGAUCUACUUCAUUGUGUGCGUGUGCUUCGCCCUCGCGUACAACAUGCCGCGCUUCUGGGAGGUGCUGACGGUCACCUAUCCGCUGCCCGAGUCGGAUGUGGUGCUGCACUGCGUGCGGCCGUCGCGGCUGCGCCGGAACCAGGCCUACAUCAACAUAUACAUACACUGGUGCUACCUGAUCAUCAACUACAUCAUACCCUUCCUCACCCUGGCCAUACUCAACUGCUUGAUCUACAGGCAGGUGAAGCGGGCGAACCGGGAGCGCCAGCGCCUGUCGCGCUCCGAGAAGCGGGAGAUCGGCCUGGCCACCAUGCUCCUCUGCGUGGUGGUGGUGUUCUUCAUGCUGAACUUCCUGCCGCUGGUCCUCAACAUCUCCGAGGCGUUCUACAACCUGAUCGACCACAAGCUGACGAAGCUCUCCAACCUGCUGAUCACGAUCAACAGCAGCGUCAACUUUCUCAUUUACAUCAUCUUCGGGGAGAAGUUCAAGCGCAUUUUUUUACUCAUUUUUUUCAAGCGGCGCCUGAGUCGUGACCAGCCGGAUCUUAUACACUACGAGAGCUCCAUAUCGAACAACGGCGACGGCACCAUCAAUCACCGGUCGUCCGGCCGCUUCUCGCGGCACGGCACACAGCGGAGCACCACCACCACCUACCUGGUGGCCACGGGCACCGUCGGCGGGGGCGGGGGCGGCGGCAGCACCUCCCAGCUGAACAAUGUCCGACUCACGCAGGUGUCCGGCUCGCCCGGCCUGGUCAAGAUCAAGCGGAAUCGUGCCCCCUCACCGGGUCCGGUGGUCUACUUUCCGGCUCGCGAGAUGCAGCGCUCCGUGUCGACGAACACCAAUUCGGCCACCAAUAAUAACACGGCCAUUGGCUAUGACUGGACGCUGCAGGACAGCAAGAAGCUGGGGCAUGUCUCCUCGGGCUUCUGA